GUAGUUGUUUACAUGCUAAUGUCUUCCGCUCAUGUGUGCCUGCUGCGUGGGCUGCCAAAUCUUUGCAAAACUAGCCAUUUGUUGAAAAGUUUUAGCGCGAUUACGAUUUUCAGGAGAGUCUGCUGCUCCACUCUAUCACCAUGCUGCGUUGUGCAUUUCAACGCCUUGUCCAUGCCCCUCCAAGGCUCCACUUUAUCCGCCGGCUAUACCUCUCCACCAGCACCCCAAAGAGAGACUCUCUUCUGGGGGACAAAAACAUCUUGCUCAUGGGCCCUCCUGGAGCCGGCAAAACUACUGUGGGCCGAAUACUCGCUCACAAACUCGGACUCCCUGCUGUUGACGUUGACGAUGACAUACUCGAACCGACCUGGAAUAUGCCCGUAGCCGCCAAACUAGCAUCUGUUGGAGGGCAGAGAUUUCUUGAAGAGGAGGGUAAAGCUUUGUGCAAUUUCUCUACUUCUGGGAGUGUAAUUUCUCUUAGUGGUUCCAAUCCCCUCGACACUUUGGCAAUGCAACACAUCAAGAGAAGUGGCAUCGUAGUUUACUUAGAUGUUGACGCAGAGGACAUCAUUCACAGACUCGCGAGGAUGAAAGUUAACAGAGUAGUCGGCCAGGAAGCAGGAGUGCCGAUGAAGAAUAUAUUACGCUAUAGAAAACAGUUUUAUGAAAAAUGGUUCGACAUUCGUGUGCUGUGUGGAAGAGGUGAGACGGUUAUGGACAUCGCCAACAAGGUUUUAAAUGCUUUGGAGUGGUAUAACAAUCCAGAUAAGUUUAUUUCAACACGAAGCAAUGAUACAUCCAAGAGUGUAUAUUUCAGUGAUGUUGUCGUGGACGGUUUGGCCAAAGAUGGCGGCCUCUAUGUGCCACAGAAUGGCUUCCCGAAACUGGAAGCGAACGAGUGGGUACGGUUAAUAGACAAGCCGUACCAGGAACGCACUUUUAUUUUGCUGGAAAAGUGCAUACACCCACGUGAUGUUUCUGGACCACAUUUGAAAACGAUGGUGAUGAAGGCAUAUGGGUCAAAUUUUGCAAGUGAAGAUGUAGCCCCAGUUAGACAUUUAAUGGACAAUCAGUUCGUCCAGGAGUUAUUCCACGGUCCCACAGCGUCGUUCAAAGAUCUGGCAUUACAACUGAUGCCCCAGCUGUUUGCGCACUGCCUUCCUCCCAUGUGUAAUUUCCUAGUCUUGGUGGCUACUUCUGGAGAUACAGGAAGCGCAGUGUUGAGUGGGUUUAAUGCCUUGAAGGAUGUCUAUAAACAUAAAACAGGAGUGCUGGUGUUUUUCCCUGGGGAUGGGGUGAGUGAAAUCCAGAAGAGGCAGAUGACGGCAGCGUGGGAGGGGAACGUGCGAGCGGUCAGUGUGGGUGCAGACUUUGACUUCUGCCAGAGGAGCAUAAAGCAGAUGUUCGGGACACCAGAGUUCACUGGACACCUGGCUGUGGAGUAUGGGACGCUCCUCAGUACGGCCAACUCCAUCAACUGGGCACGGCUACUGCCACAGGUCGUCUACCACACCUCCUCCUAUCUGGACCUUUGCCGCGGGGGCGCCAUCAGCUUUGGUGAUCCCGUGGAUGUGUGCAUCCCCACGGGCAACUUCGGCAACGCAAUAUCUGCCGUAUACGCCAAGAGCAUGGGCCUGCCCAUCCGAAAAAUCAUCUGUGCCUCCAACCACAACCGUGUUAUCACCGACUUCAUCACAACUGGAUCCUACAGCCUCCACGAUCGUCCUCUCUUACCCUCUAUCUCCCCCGCUAUAGAUAUCUUGAAAUCCUCCAACCUUGAAAGAUUCAUCUACCACAUGUCCGACGGAGACGGCCAUCUUGUCAAGGAGUUGUUCACAUCUUUAGAUCGACAGCAGCACUUUAGCGUGUCGGGAAAUCUUCUUGGUAAGAUUCAGGAAGAGAUAUCAGCCGGUAGCUGCUCUGAAAACGAAUGCUUGGAAGCUAUCCGCGGCGUUUACGAGAAGACUGGCUACUUAAUGGACACUCACACCGCUGUGGCUAAAGUGGUCGGUGACAGGUUGCAAGAUGGUUCGUGCCCCUUGGUCAUCAGCUCCACGGCGCACUAUGGGAAGUUUGCACCCGCUGUGUUCAAGGCCCUGGGAAUUUCGAGCGUUCCAGAAAAGCCGGCGGAGCAGCUGAAGCGGCUGAGUGGGGUGGCGAGAGAACCAGAGAUGCACAUGGAGCUGAUGAAGUGCCUGGAAAAGGGGAGCGGGCUGCAGCAGAGGAGCUGUGAGGCAGACUAUGGGGAGAUGGUGGAGGAGGUGGAGGAGAUGAUACAGGAGUCGUUCUUAAAAGUGGUUUAAAGGGCCUGUACCUGAUUUCAGUGAGUCAGUAACAUGUUUUAGUUUGAACUUUUAGCCCCGCCCACUUUGUUCUUUCUGCUGUCUUCUGUGAUAUUGCACCAUGACCCAGAAACAACUCUCUGAUAUAGCCAUACAGUUGUUUCAUAAUAUUUUUCCAAUCUCUGCUACUAUUUGCUUUUGCUACACUUGAAAAAGCACAAUGAAUGAGAGUUAAGUGUCUGAGAUGGUGUUAGGCAGUUGGCUGUUACAUGAGAAAUGCUACAUAAAAUGAAUAGUUUAUACAGUAUAUUACAAUUUCUCUCUCUCUUUUUUAAAUUUAGCAGCUUUUAUUGUAUAUUGCGUGAUGUUAAGAGCAUUUAUUUUGACACUGAGUUAAAAUCAGGUACUGGCCAUUUAAAGUUCACCUAUGCUUUUAUGCUUUUAAUAAUUUUUUGUUUAUUGUUACUCAUUUAUACUUAAUUGUAUUUUGCCAUAUACUGUAAUACUGUUACAGAUUGACCCUUGCACACUGUCAGUUGUUUUACAGCAUUAACUAAAAGAAAAAAGGGAAAGAAUUAUUUCAAUUGAGCUAAAUGGCGAGCUAGAUGUUGUUUACAUAUGAGAUUUUUAUUUUUGUAAUGUGUGGAUUGAACAAUGAUGGCCUUUUGUGAUGGUUAACCAGCUACGUGGUGACUACUACACUGCAAAUUUCUCUGAUCUGGCCAAGAUUGUAAAACUUAUAUCAGGUUAUUCAUUUUGUUUUGAGAAUUAUUAGCUACUUACUAGUUCUGAGAUGCUUAAUUCUAGUCUAGAGGUAGUUUAUUUUAAGAUAACUUGUCAAGUAAAAUGAUCUAGCUGCAUGGAUAUAUAUUUCACUACUUUUAAGUCAUUUUUUAAUAGAUUUAAGUGUUUAUAUUUUAAAUUUUGGCCAAGCUGUUUUGUAGUGAUACAUAACAGUUGCUUUAAGUCCAAAAGGUACAUUCAAGAUGCAAGAUUCCGCCAAAUGCUUUAAUAACUUGGAGGUUUAUAAUGUUUCAGAAACAAAAUUUAAAAUAAAAUUAUAGAUCUUUUGGUCAGUAGUUACCACAGAGCUGAUUAUUCCUCAGCAAGCUUUCAAACGUGUAAGUAUAAAUUGUUUUUGAAAAGAAAAAUGAAUGUAAAUGUACUUCCUUAACCUGGGGGUGGGCAGCCAAUUUUGAGCCCCAGAAAGUUGUAUUUAAAUUGAGUUUUACUGAGUAUUACUAGCUUAAACAUUUUCCAUUUCCAUUUCAAUCUGAUUAGUUUUUACGCAUAGUCCAAGGUUUAAAAAAAAAAGUCAAAAAGUAGUUGCCCUUGUUACGCUUUGACAUUUAUAACCAUGGAGUAACUGUAAAAUCAAUCAGUUCUGACCCAUAAAUUACUAGAAUCAGACUAUUUUUACAUGCCUUAAGUACCAUACCCUUUUAAUGUAAAGUUUUAAGAGAUUUCCUGUACAAUGGAGUCUAUGCAAUAAUUAUGCUGCCUACAAAUUUUGCGUCCUGGUCCACUAGAGGGGGACAUGCACUACUGUACUGCACAAAGCUGUUGUGCAGUAAGAUAUGUCAUUCAUGGGUUAUUUAAUUUAAAAUGUUUACUACAACUCUGGCUGAAUCUAUGCAUAUAACAACAAAUCCACUGAACGUAAUUAAAAGGCCGAUAUUAUGGUAUUUUCUGAUCUAAAUUAUAAUGUUGUUUCCAUCAAAGACAUACCCGGACUUAUGUUUAACAGACAAACCCUGCAAAUUUAGGCUCAGUUCUUUUAUUAAAUGGAAAAUACUGUUCAACCUUGUGAUGUCAUGUAAAACAGGAAGUGCUCCAGUAUGUUUUUAAGCUCCCUUUCAGUAGAAUCAUUUGGAUCAUUUCUGCACUGGAUUUGCUUGUUUCUAUUGAACUAAAAGUAAAAGGUAGUUGUUAACUUAAGAGUAUUUUGAGAUUCGGAGAUGCAGACAGACUAAUAAUGAAGGAUUACUCAAAACAGGAUGUUGUGUUACGUUAUUAGGUUAUUUUUUCAGACGAAGAGUUAGUUUUUCAUACCUGCACGGAGCCGCGUAACAUAAACAAACUGUUGGUCUGAAAAAAGAACCUAAUAACAUAAAAUAUCAGAAGACCAAAUGAACCUCUUUGGACUAUUACGAUGGUGUAUUUAUGAAGGAAACAACAUUAUAACAGGCCUUAAAGCUCACAAGAAUCCAUUUUGUGUAAUAUAGAACCUUUAAACACAAUGCAUUUCAGAUAAACCGCAUUGAAACAGAAAUUAUACCUGCAAUUUAAAACUUUUAGCAAAUAUAUUCAACCAAAGGUACCAGUUAAGGAUGUUUUUGUCCGUAACAGAUUUUGAUGUUUACAGACAGUAUUGAAUGUGUCCCUGAAUGAGCAAUUAGAAUGACAAUAUAACGUUGUUUAUGGAUUUUAUUUCGGUCCCUAAUAUCAAUACAGCGAACAAUUGACGAGAAUUUAAGUCCAAUUUGUUUACGGCUAUUUUUAAACAGCGUGACAAAGCAUGUUUUCAUUGUUUACUCCUGUCACUGCUUGGACUGCUUAUGUUCUGUGCUUAUUGUCAGGCCCGUCGACAGAAAUUUGAGGGGCCCGGGGCAAGAAGACUCACAUGGCCCUUCUCUAAUAAUAAUAAAUAGGCAGAGGUUCCAAUUUUUUGGAGAUUCUGGGGCCUGGGACAAUUAGACCCCUUUGUCUACCCCUGUUGACUUCCCUGCUUAUUGUGCUGAACUGAUUUGUGUUCUCUUGCUGCUAGUUUGAGUUGUUAGUUUGCACGUUGCUUCAAAUAGAACUGUGAUAGAAUAGAUGUCUAAGCUACUAGUUUGUGUUGAAAGAUUAGAUAGAUUAGAUAGAUACUUGUCUGCUUGAGCGAUAAAAUGCAGCUUUAGUUUACUUUAUGAUUUUCGCAAUAGUUUGGGACCAUGAAUUUGUUUUUUCGUAAUAAAUACAGUAUAUGUUUUGUAUGAUUCAGUAUUGUUCAUGUUUUGUAAUGUUUUCAGUUAGUAAAAGUGUUUUAUUUAAAAUUA